UUUCUUACUAAGUACAUAUAUAAAAUCAUAUAUGACUUAUUUUUUUUAUGUUUAAUCUUCUGUAAUGGUUGGAAUAAAACAAUCGGAUAUGUUAAUAAUAAAAUGUAAUAUACAAAAUGAAAUGCAAUGUUAUGUAAAAAUGCUUGUACAAAAAGCUAUGAAACGAUAUGAAGAAGAAAGAGAAGUUGCUACUUAUAUAAAAGUUAGAUUUGAUUCACAUUAUCAAGAAUAUUGGCAAUGUAUUGUUGGGAAACAUUUCGAUUGUUCUUUAGAAUUUGAAUUAUCACGAUAUAUUCUUUUACGUGCAAAGGAUACAUUUAUUUUACUAUUUAGAUAUAAUUAAAUCAAUUUUUUUUAAAAAAAAAACAAACAAACAACUAAUUCAUAUUCGGAUUAAAUGUACUUCAUUUGUAGCCUUUCAAAAUCAUUUUACUUUGAGAAUUUUCAAGUUACUAAGGCUUUGUACUUUAUAAUUCCUGUCACAUGUUGUUUAUUGAUUUCGUUGCAAAUUUGUAACUCAUUCUAUUUUACAAAUUGAUUGAAAAUACACAUUAU